UUUUGUUUUUGUUUUUGUUUUUUUUUUUUCUCUCACGGUGGGUCUUUGUGGCGCUCCCGAGGUGGAGUCUGCAGAUCCGAGGGACACCUGGGCUGGAAGCGGAGGGAGGGGCAGGGUGACCUGGGGGGAGGCUGGCAGCCCUCGCAGGGCCUGUCCCGGCUUCUGUCUGCUCGCCAAGUGCGGGUAGGAAAUGCUCGUCUAGCAGCCAGGAGCGCUGCUGGAAGCAAACCCACUCUGCACUGCAUGCAACAUGGAAGGAGAAAGUGCAGUGCCCGGUUGUCGUGAGCUUGCAGACCUGGAGAGCACAGCAGAAAACGAACCUGAUCCUUUCACUACAUUUUCUGUGAAAAAACUUUUUGGAUUUACAGCUAAAUCUGAAUCCACUGCUUCCAAAGAAGAAACAGUGCUUAAAGCAUUUCAACCUUUGUACACCAAUAGAAAUACUCAUGCUGACACCUGGCAUGAGAGGAAUGAUAAUGAUUGUAAUGAUGACUUGGAAAAUCAGCGUGGCAGGAAUAGUCCCAGUGGCCAAGCUGACCCAAUGUCUGGCAGGCAAACUGACCUGGAACCGGAGUUAGCUGAGCAAAAUGAAUUACUUCACCAUUUAAGGUUUGUACAGACUUCUUUGUCUGAAUCCGACGAUGAUGGCAAGGACGCGAUUCUUGUACAAGGUACUUUGGUUCAUACAACAAGUGAUACAGAAUCGGACACGGAGAGUAAGGACCUAGACACCGAUGAAAACAAUACAAGCGAAUCUGGGCUAAAUAAUGCUGCUUUGUCUGCUGGGGCUUUGGACGAUAACAAGCAAAAUAAGGAAGAGCCAGAAUCAGAAGGGCACAGCAACAGUGAUGACACUAUGGAUACAGAUGACAUUGAGUUACACCCACCAAUUUCUAAGCAGCUCCCAAAAGAGCUGGAUGGUAUUCUGGAGCAUGACUCCAAUCAAAAAGACAAAAUAUUAAUGGAUGAGCAGUUCAGUCACUUGCUUGCUACAGGGGAAUGCCCUCGAGAACUUCCAGAUGAAGAACAAAGACCUUCAGCUGAUAAUACAUCGCCACAAAAAACAGCCCUGGCUGAGAAGACUUUCCAGCUGCCCGCUUUCUUUAGUGGACUACGUGUGAGGAAAAAGGGACUAACCACAGAGGAUGGGGAAACUGUUACAGAAAUUAAACCAAGGGAGAAUGAUUUAGCUCUGCUUAAAUUACGACAGCCUGUUAAGAAAUCCAGUAUUACAUCAGGUUUGACCACUAAAAAAAAAUCAACUGAACCUAAAACAAGUCCUACUUUCCUGGAACAGCUCUCACACUUGUUAAACAUAGACGUCUCUAAGAAUGAAGAUAGAACCGAGGACUCUGGUGAGGGAUCUGGGGAGACCGAGGACAGUGAUGAAGCUCAAGAGAACAAAGCCUCUGGCAAAACAGAACCACGAUUUCCCUCUGAGGAAAUAAAAUCAAGCCCUGCGGAAUCUGCACUGGACGUCUUCAAAGCUUUAUUUACACGGCCUCCCAAAAAAGAAACAACUGCGGAUACUUCAGAGCUGGAAGCCAUAAAACGCAAAAUGAGAAAUGAGAAAGAGUCUUUGAAAGCUGUAUUUGAAAGGUCAAAAUCAAAACCUGGGGAUGGAGCAUCAGACAAAUCUCCUGACCUGAGUCCCUCAGAGCAAGAUGACAAGACUCCAGGGAGACUCCAGACUGUCUGGCCGCCACCAAAAGCAAAGCACGAAGAAGUAAAAGUAGGAUUAAAGUACACAGAAGCAGAGUACCAAGCUGCCAUUUUACAUUUAAAGAGGGAACACAAAGACGAAAUUGAAACAUUAAAGUCUCAGUUUGAACUCAGGGUAUUUCAUAUUCGUGGAGAACAUGCUGUAUCAACUGCUCAGCUUGAAGAAACCAUUGCACAUCUGAAGAAUGAACUCGAUAAUAAAUUAAACAGAAGAAAUGAAAAAGCAAAGGAUAUUAGUGUUUCUACUGAAGAUGAUAACCCACCAAAGACAUACCGAAAUGUAUGUAUACAGACCGACAGAGAAACUUUCAUAAAGCCUAGUGAAGAAGAAAACAGAGCUGUGAAAAAUAACCAAAUAGUACCCAAAAAGCUUAAUAUUUCUUCUUUGUCUCAUAGUAUUUCUUCCCAAAGUGAAAAUAAGGACAAUUACAAUGUGCACUCUUCAGAAAGUGUCUUAUCUUGUCAACCAAAACAAAUGUUGCCUCCACCACCGCCACCACCACCACCACCACCACCACCACCUCCUCCUCCUCCUCCUCCCCUCCCUGAUUCUUCACUACCAGGUUUAGUUCCUCCACCGCCACCUUUGCCAACAGGACCAACUUCACUGACAUCUCAGUUUGGAUCCGGUCCACCACUGCCACCUCCACUUUCGGACAGCUGUAGGAAUUUUCAAGCACCACCACCGCCGCCGCCACCACCACUUCCAGGGUUGGGACCUCCUGUUCCUCCUCCACUGCCUGGAUCUGGGUUACCUCCACCCCCUCCACCUCCUGGGCCUGGGUUCUUUUUAAAUAGCACUUUAUCUUCAAACCAAGGUCCUCGAAAACCUGCCAUUGAACCUAGACGUCCCAUGAAGCCUUUGUAUUGGACACGGAUACAAUUACAAGGUAGCAGGAAAACUGCUAUGCUAACAUUAUGGGAAUCACUAGUAGAACCUGAUAUACUUGAUACUACUGAGUUUGAAUAUUUAUUCUCCAAAGAUACCACUCAGGAAAAAAGAAAACCAUUAUCAGAGACUUACGAAAAAAAAACCAAGGCCAAAAAGAUUAUCAAAUUGUUGGAUGGAAAGCGGUCUCAAACUGUAGGAAUUUUAAUAUCCAGUUUGCACCUGGAGAUGAAGGAUAUUCAACAAGCUAUACUCUGUAUUGAUGACUCCGUAGUAGAUCUGGAAACACUGGAAGCACUGUAUGAAAAUAGAGCACAAAAGGAUGAACUGGAGAAAAUCAAGCAAUAUUAUCAGACUUCAAAAGAGGAGGAACUGAAGCUUCUGGAUAAACCAGAACAAUUUUUAUAUGAGUUAUCACAAAUCCCCAACUUCACAGAACGAGCUCAGUGUAUUAUCUUCCAGUCAGUUUUCUCUGAAGGGAUAACAUCAGUGCACAGGAAAGUUGAUAUCAUAACUCGUGUUUCCAAGGCUUUGCUGAACAUGACAAGUGUAAAGGAAAUUUUAGGUUUGAUUCUGGCUUUUGGAAAUUAUAUGAAUGGCGGGAAUAGGACCCGAGGUCAAGCUGAUGGAUUUGGUUUGGAAAUACUCCCCAAACUAAAGGAUGUCAAAAGCAGAGAUAAUGGUAUUAAUCUUGUGGAUUAUAUCGUCAUAUAUUACCUACGCCAUUGUGAUAAGGAAGCAGGAACAGACAAGAGUAUUUUUCCUUUACCAGAACCACAGGAUUUUUUCCAGGCCUCCCAAGUUAAGUUUGAAGACCUAAUAAAAGAUUUAAGGAAACUGAAGAGAGAUCUAGAAGCUUCUGAAAAGCAGAUGAAGUUAGUUUGCAGAGAGUCUUCUGAAGAGCAUCUCCAGCCCUUUAAGGAGAAAUUAGAGGAAUUCUUCCAGAAAGCUAAAGAAGAACAUAAAAAAGAAGCAAGCAGUUUGGAAAAUGCACAAAAAUGCUUUGAAGAAACAGUGGGAUACUUUGGGAUAAAGCCAAAGCCUGGUGAGAAGGAGAUCACACCAAACUACGUUUUCAUGGUGUGGUACGAAUUCUGCAGUGACUUCAAGACCAUUUGGAAACGAGAGAGCAAAAGCAUUUCCAAGGAACGAAUUAAAGUGGCUCAGCAAUCAGUAAGCAAGUUAACUGCAGAGAAGAAAGUUGAAACAAAGAAAAUCAAUCCUACAGCUAGCCUGAAAGAAAGACUACGUCAGAAGGAAGCCAAUGUGACUGCCAACUGAAAGAAGGAAGAUGAAAAUGAUAGUGUGGCUUUAUACCUUGCAUGAUGCUUUAUUGCACCCAUGGCCCAGGGAGCACCUUAUGUUAGAUACUGAAUUCUUCUUUGCUGAUCUGUUCCAAGACAAUCCACUAAAGACUUUUUAUUUCCUUCAGAGGGGUCUGUAUGUUCAGUGGAGGGAAUUCUAAGAAGGUUUUUACAUGGGAAGGCAAAAUUAUUUUCUGUAACUCUUCCUUACAUUGCUUAAAAUGCAUCUGGUUGUUAAUGGUUAUUUAAAGUACACUAUGCAUAAUGCAUUAUUAUGGAAGAGCUAAAAUGAGCAUUUUGGAUGCUAAUUAAUGACUAACAACCUGUAGGUUAUUUACAGGGCUUUGUGUAGAUGAGAGCAAAUAUGCCAUUCAACUCACAGAAGACUAUUACAUCGUGCUUUUUGUUACUUCAGCAGAAACUUAGGUAAAAUUAAUUGAUUCUAAAUAAUUUUACAGUGUCUAAGUAUUGGAUGCAUCUUUCUAAAACUGAUUAAAUGUAAUUAUAGAUUUAUGCUGUAUUUUACUAGACAUAUUUUUAUAGAAGCUUCAGCUUAUGCCAUACAUUGAAAUGGAAACAAUAUUUUGCACAUGAAAAGGAAUAGUUUCAAAUUCUUUAGUUUUAUGAUUGAUGGCAUAACUGAUUCAUUAUUUUUAUGGUUUUAACCUAACAUUUCCUAAAUCUUGAGCUUCAAAAGAAAAAAUAUAAAAAUGUAUAUUUUUAUUUCAGUAUAUAUUGAAAAUAUCAAUUCCAUAAAAUGAUGAGUUUAUUAGUCAUUAUCCAUUGAACUAAAAUACACCAACAUGUCUCCAUGGAGUUAAACAUUUGCCAUUAAAUCUCUGGCUUUCAAUUCUAUUGAAAGCUUUUUUUUAAACAGUGAAUAUCUCACUGCUCUUGUCCCCCUAUAUUUGUAUGAAGAAUGUGUCCAGCAUACAUAUAGAUAUACCUUUAUAUAUACAUAAAAUACUUUAAUAAGACUUGAGGAAGAAAUAAAAGAGUCUUGCUGUCCUCCUAUAACAUUAUAACCAUUGCCUAUAUAGAAUCAGAGCCUGAAAAAAACCCUACAAAAUAUCCUCUGUUACUUGAAGAUUCUUACCUCAUUUUAAGGAUUUGGAUUGUUAGAAUGAGAGAUCUUGAAGCUGAAGUUAAUUUAAGGUAAAACAGAAAAGUGAUUUUUAAAUACAAGUAGGUAACAGCCUGUAAAUAGGAACAGCAAACUGGAGAAAACAUACUUCUACAUGCUAUCCAUGAAAGAGAAAUCCCCUUCUUUAUGACAAUGGUGUCUGAAGUUGGUUACGAAGAGAAAUUAGGUGAAACAAAAAACUACAGAAAGGUAAUAGGGGAAAUGUUCUAAUCAUUUGCUUAGAAGCUGGAAAGAAUAUGCAUGAGACAGACAUGGGUUAUCCAUACAGCAAAUUAGAUAGAGAAACUGUGAUGAAACCUAAGGCAAAGUCAUCCCUAGAAGUGUACAUUUAUUAAGGAAAACAGCAGUCGUGGAGACCCUCAUUCAUGAAUUCACUUGAAGAUUUCAUAUAUUGCAGCUUUCUUAAAUGAGUCUCUUAUUCCUGCAUAAAUAAAACCAAGGGAAUCAAGAUUCCCUUGUGUGUUUUGGAGUUUCUAGCUCCUGCAGAUAUACUCAAGAUAUGUAAGCAUAAUUCUUAUUAAAACAGUCAAUAAUAUACCAGAAAAAAUAAUCUGAUCUGUAGUUUGACUAUUCCCAUUGCAGAAAAAAGAAAAUUCCAAAGAUUUAAGUUUUCUGUCUUCCACCAAAUAGGUAAAGUACAUUUGUUUCCAAUAUUAUUAGUGAUAAAAAACAGAAGCAAUAACGUUUAUAAAAGCCAAAGAACAACAGUAAGCAAGGCAAUUCUGAUGAGUGUUUAAACAAACAAGUGUUGAGUUUUGAUAUGGUUUUCUAUCUGUCAUGAAGAUAGCAUGUAUUGCCAUUUGACUUGAUCGGGAAUUUUUCAAUUAAAUGUUUUACUUGAAAUAUUAAUCAACAAGAGUAGCACUGUUUGUAAGAAAGGAUUGGUCUUGAAAAUUCUUAUUAGAAAUAUAUUAUAGAAAAAAGUUUUAAAAUUAUUCAAGGGUCCUGUUUAAAAAUUUCUAAACGUGAAGUUUCAUUUUUCAGUUCAAAUUGACUUUUCAUUUUGAAAUGUUGAAAAAUGUAUAUAAAAAGGGAUUAAAAUUAAAAGUAUUGAUAUAAAGCAUUCCUUGAUCAGACUUCUAAUUAUUUUUUCAGGUUAUCAAUUUGCCAAAGUUCUGAGAAUUUAGGCUAUUUUUUCAGGAUUAUUCAAAGAUAUAUAGCACAGAGACAUUUUUUCUUCCUCAUCUUCAACUGUAUUGAUUUUCCUCUCAGGACAGAGAUUCUGAUUCCAGCUUCACCCAUGACUCAGAUCCUCUACACUAGUUAAACUAUUUUUAAGUGAAAAAAAAGCAUUCACCCAGACUAUUUGAUUCAUUCUCUUAAUCAUGACUUUAGGAUUCUUGGAUGGAAUUCAUCAGCUAAAUAUCACACUUAAACCACUACUGAUAGCCAGAAGUGUCUUCAGGCAGUGAUUGAAGUGACAGUGAUACACCUACUACUGACCUUAACUAAAAUGUAUUAGAGAAGAGAUAUUAACUGAUAUAUCUGUGUAAGCUGUCUAAUUAUGAAGUAUUUAGACACUACAGACAUAAAAAGUGAGAAUCAACCAGCGUUCAUCUUGGGGUCACCAAAAGUUAUGCUUUAAGCUUACAUUUAGUUUGGUGCCUGACUUUACCCCGAGCUUUCUAAUUUGGGGGGAAUAAAAGGAGAGAAGGAGAAAUGAGAGAAAAUAAAAAGAUUGAAUGGAACAGAAGUCUCUGGUACAUACCUAGAUUGCUGUCAAGGAAGUAAAAGUAGAGUGGACUAAAUUAAGCCAAGCAGCAAUAGCUAGACAGUUAAAAUUUUCCAGCUAUGUAAUUUAAAAUACCUCUACACUACAUAGAAGUCACUUCUGUGACCACGAAGUAGAUGUGGCUUAAGAGGGUUUUUUUCUGUUUUUUGUUUUGAUUUCAACUCUGUUAUUGCCAAGCUUUUCAAAGUCUGUAAAGCAAAGUACUAUUAAAACCCAUAUUACUCAGUAGGUGCAUAUUACCCAGGAACACUAUAUACAUUCUUUGUAAAUUGAAUUAUUAGGAAGAAUUCAGUUUAGAUGAGUAAAUAUCAAUAAUUUGUGGUCUUUACCUUACUUACUUACCACUUACUUACCACCUCCUGAUUUUAAAAUAAAAGACCUUUUAUCAUCUUUGAGAUAUUAUGACAAUAUAAAUUAUAUUUUCAUUAUGUUUUUAUUAAUCUAUGAAAACUACCCAGGUAUUUUGCCAUGACAAACCCAUGUAAAUGUUUUAUCAUGUGCUUUAUUAUAGGGUUGUAAAUGUAUAGCUUGAAUAUUAUACUUUUGUAUUUAACUUACAAAUUUUUGGCAGCAAAACAUAAACUGUAUGAUCUUCAGUUUCUGUACAUACAGAAAUUAAAAUAGAAUUGAUGGAAUACUCAGCAGAGAGAAAAGUAAUUUAACACCUUAAGUGGUUCUAGGAAGGAUAAAGUUUACAUGGGAUCUCAACCUUUCUGAAUUGCUGAGGAUAUCUCCUCCAACCAGAUAUAAACAGCCAGGGUAUCUCUGACCAGUCUAACUUUUUUCUACAUGAAAUAUGAAUAAUUUGUUUUCCAUAUGACAUACAGGCUUCUUAUUGCCCUGAUUUUCCAGGAAAAUGUUAGCAGUUACUUUCUUAGAUCUAAGGAUCUUUCUUAGCUGAUGAAUACACGGCAAUGAAAGACUGUGUAUUUGCUUAUUUAGUAAUACUGUUUCUUCAUUGCUUCAUGUCAAUAUCUUAAAAAUAGAUGCCUUAAUCUUGUCGGGGUGUGGAAUUUCAGAAACACCAAAACAAGUUAGAAAUAUUCGUAUCAUUACACUAUUUGAUGUGUUUUUGAAAAUCCACCUCCUUAAUCUGUGUUUAGGCACCAUUCUAAUCUUAUCAUUUCAGAAAAUCAUAUCCACCUAGUUUUUGCUCAUUCUUGGCCUUGUCUCGAUCAAUAUGGUUAUGGAUCUUGCUCUUUUUUUUUUUUUCUUUGUUUCUUAGUUUUUUGCUUUGGUUUGGGUUUGGUUUUUGCUUUUUUUUGUUUUGCUUUUUUUUUAACACCUUUAGAAUUUCUUAAUGCCAGAUAGUAAAUUUCAGGAAAAAUAUUAAAAAAAAAAAGUAUAAAAAUUAAAACCAGAUAAAUUAAAAUCAGUAAUAAAUUCCAAAUUAUUAGUAAUGAGACUAUUUAACCACAGGAAGAAGUUAACAAAGAUAGUUGUAGUUUCUCCAUUUUCUAAUGUUUUUAAAUCAGGAUGGAACAUCUUUCUGAAAUGUUUGUGUAGUCUAAUACAGCUUAUUGGACUCCGUUCAGAUGUACCUAAGUGGUAGCCCAUAUCCUUUGACUCACCAGUUCAAAUAGUUCCUCUAGACAGAAAAAUGUAAAAAUAAGUAUGUCAAAAUACCUAAUCUUUUUUUUCCUCUCAGCUGUAACGAAAUAUCCAAGGUGGAAGAGCUCUUUGUUGUGAUUUUAAAUUUAAAAUAUCGCAAAUAGUGUGAUGUAGAACAACAUAAUGCAGGAAACUAUUGUCUAAUUAUAAACAUUUGGAUUUCAAAUAAUUAAUAUAUCUCUGAUGCAUCUUGUGUUAUUUGCAAUGUAGCAAAUUUAUAUGCUCUGGAAUUCAACACUGUUUUAGAGAUUCAUAAGCUAGGUCUGAAAAAAAUGGCAUUUGGAUUGCACAAUGUGAAAUUCUGGAUUCACAGAAACCCUAGUUCCUUGUCAUAGGUUUAAGCAUAUGCAAGGGAGUUUACUUUGGAUACAGCUAACAUGAUGCAAAAUUUAAAUAACAAUCUUUCCUUUUAGUGAAUUAUUAGAUAUGACCUGUUAAUACCAUUACCAAAUGUUUCCACUGCUCAGUAGAUCUUGAACCAUAAUGAUUUUAUGCAAUUGUUUUAGAGAUACAAAGUUCAAAAGUUGUGCAAGCAAAAUUACUUGGUUUUGCAAUUUUUCAAAACACCUUCAAGAACUUUUCUUUUUCAUUUUUUUUAAUUCAAAAAAUAUUCUUAGAAACAUUGCUAAAAUGGAUGCUGUUUUUUUUCCACUUGUUGUAAAUGUGAUACACAUGAACUCUAAUAUUUUCAGUAAAUUUGGCAAGCUUCAACGGGCUUUAAAUGAUUUUGAUUUAAUACCUCAUAGAAUUCAAGCUUUUAAAAUUAGGGCCUCUUUGUAAAAUGCAAGUCCUAUUUAUAAAAACAUUUGUUUUAAGAAACAAUGAAGUAAAAAUGCUGAACUGAUAACUUAGACCCAGAAUGCACCACCUUCAUGGGAGGACAUUAUCAAGCAGCAUAAGCUUUCCCACAAUGUACAUCAGCACUGCAUUUCCCAUGGUUUGAUUCUGACAGAUGUCAUCUUAGAGUAAAUCAAAGGCAGCAAUUAUAUUUUUUUUUUCAUUAGGUAUUUCUGUUUAAUUUCAUUUCAUACUUUGUCACCUCAAUUUAAUCUUCAACAAUCUAAUAUUGAGGUAAUAUGAAGCCUUUUUAUAGAGGCUGAUACUGCUUAUAUAUGCAAGGAUUUUUAUUUAUGUAAGUAUUCCUGUGGCCCACACAGUACAAAAUAUCCAUAGAGGACAUUAUAGGGACAUGGGACUGAAUAAAAUCUCUUUUAGAAUCCUGUUAUGACAAUUACGCUGAACUAUUCCAGUAAGGGGAAUGGAUUUCUUUUCUGCAGUAAGAUCUGCCUCAAAAGGUUUUGGAGCUUUCGGAGCUUCUGGUGGAUGGAGGAUGAGGCUGUUGGUAUGGAAUCAUUGCUUUAGCCAUCAAUUCCUAAAAGUACAGCUUCUCUGGAGUUACACUGCAUUUGAAUUCCCUGAGCCAAGAUUGACCCAGGGACUACUGGAAGAGAUGCUGGAAAAUAUCAUCAACAGCCGUAUAUUUUCAAAAGGGAAAGAGAUCAUAGUUAUAUUUCCAGAUUAAAGCAAAAGCUAGGAGACUCUUCCAAAAUAGCAGAAAUUUUAUAUAGUUGUUUGUAUCCUUUAAUUAGAUUCUAUAGAUUUCAGAAAUUCUCCAUUCAUAUAUGAAUUUCCUUCUGUGCCUGUGAAGAGAAUCACUUAUGUAUUCUUAUGCUUUUAUUGUGCGGUGACCACUAAAAUGUUGACUACAAAAACUGUUGAAAGAGAGAUCCAUUAACAAAGUCCCAACAGACAGUUGUAUUUCAGGUUUCCCAGUACUGUCCUGCCAGGAACCUUCAUAUUUUCCUAGAGAUAAGAAGAGUUUAGCUGCCAUGCCAUCUGCGUUCUCAGCCUUUCCUAAUCAUAAACUAGUACUUGUAGCAUAGAGCCAAAUGAUGGGGCCAGAUUCCAUCAUCACUGAUAACUAUUGUGUUUACUACAAUUAAAAGUUAACUAGGUCACAAAGUCAUCCUAAAGAUGACAGGUGGGCUGUUUUUGUGUUACCCAUUAAACUGUAAUAUAUUUGAUAAGCUCAAAGUCCUAAAGAGUACUGACACAGUCUGAGAUUUAUGUAGUCUGUUGACUCUAACACACAGCAUCCAUAUAGUUUAAGCUCAAAUGACUUUAGAAAGAGUAGCUGUAUUAGCUGUUCACUUGUUGAUAGUGUUUCUUUAGUCUUUUUUUUGAAUCUUUACCAAGAUAAUUUUUGUCUAUCUAUGAAUUCCACAUUUGAAAACUUAAAAUGGUACUUUUUCUUUCUGACUUCUCCCAGAGGGACCAGGCUUGUAGUUCAGUAUUCUUACUUUCUAAUUUGGCAUGCUGUAAAUACAUUCCAUUGUAGUUGGACAAAUGCUCAUCCUGAGCAACUAUCCACAGAAAAUGUAUUGUAGAAACUGCAGAAACUGUGUAGAGAUCAAAGAACAUAGCAUUAUUUCCUACUGCUUUGAGCAUCAGUAGUCAGCAAAUAAACAUAUAUAUUGUAUAGCACCUGAUGGUUAUUUCUUAGUUGUAAAGUAGUUUAAGGAAUGUAUUGCCAUUCGCAGCUAAUCACUAUAAACUGGAUAAAAGCCAUGUUGUUCUUAUAUAUUUUUUUUUUUUUAGUCUUUAUUAAAAUGAGUUUUUGUGGUACGGGUAUCUUCUAGGUUUUAGGGAGGAAGAUACCAUUCUGUAAUGAAUCAAAAUGCAGCAGAGUCACAGCUCUAUUCUUUCAUACCUGACAGGAAGGUGAAGGAAUAAAACUGAUUUCUUUUCAUUCCACAUAAAACUAAUACUUUUUUUUCUGAUUACUUUUCAUUGUUGAUCAUUUUGUGUUACAAUCCAGUGCAUUUUAGAAGGGCUGUAAAGAAAUUAGAAGGUUCAGCUAUGAAUCUCAUUCCUUAAAGAUUCCCUGUAAUGUUCAAAUUCAUCAGACUGGCAUGGGGAACACCUCCCCUGUCACAGUUUUUCCUCAGCGAUUUGUAUAACUCUCCUCUCCUUUCUUUGUUAAAAGCAAAGUCAUGUAGCUACCAGACUGGUUGCUAAAGGUCCAGGAAAACUUAACUAUUGGGUAUGGAGAGGUCAAUUAACUUCCAAAUUAUGAUAAAGACUUAUGCAGCUUUAUUACAUGAGUUGAAUCUUCAUAAUUCAUCUAAGUUGAACACAAUUCAUUUUCAAAGAGUUAGACAAUCAGUACAGUGUUUUCAUGCAUUUCUGUUACUUACAAUUUUAUGUCAAAAAAGCCUGUCUCACUGGGUAGGAAACAGAACUUGUGCAUUUAGUUAUGUAACCAACUUCUGCUUGAUUCCAGACCAGAAGUAUGUGUGAUGUGGGAGAUGUACCUGAGUGUUUUGGCAUUACAUUUUAUACAUAUUUCCCAUCACUUAUCCAGGGGCCAAGUAAAGAGAUUCAGUAAUGUACCUAAAAUGAAAAUGUUGUUAGAAAAUGCCACUGAAACAAUAUAAAUCUCGCUAUUUCUUUUUAGUGAAUUUUCAUUUGAAGAAGUCCAUCCUCAUGUAACUUCCUGUUGAGGUGUUUGGGUUUCUUUGUUUUAAUUAGUAGAUGAUAUUAUAUAAGAUAAUCAAGCCAGCUUGUCUUGGACAAACUUAGUAGGGCCUUGAGUGCUAGUCAAGUAAAAUAAUCUAAUCGGUGUGCAUGCUCAACAUGCCCACUUGUAACUACUGUAGCCUGAACAGCACUGUUUUAUCUGCAUAUAGCUCAGAUAAGAGAGAGACUUGAGAGGGAAAUUUAACAGAUUUUCAGGUGUCAGAUUCGGAAAAGCUAUGUCAAAUGAAAUGCAUUCUUGUCAUAUUGGACUGGUUUUGCAACAUCAGUGAUACCUGUUGCAAAGGAAGAGAAAACUCAUGCUCCAUGCCGGGUGGGAUUGGGUAAGGACGUUUUACAGAGAAUUGGUUAAAGUACUAUUUCUUGUCGGAGUUCUCAGCAAAGCUGUGAAUGCCCAGCUGAUAACUGGCAAUAUAUUGCCCAGGAGAAACAGAAUUAUUUUUAUACUUUUUUGAAAAUACAUACUUAUUAUAAUGACACUUUAGUUUUGGGAGUAUAUCAGCCACAAGAAGAAAAUCUGCCCCUGUCAUUGUACUCAGCUAUUACUCUCUGUACAAGCUAAAAGCUUCGCCAUAUUCAGAAGCUAUAGAAAACAAAAAUGGAGAAAUAUCUUUUUGGGAGGAAUCACAUUUAGCCUCUGGAAGGUGUUUUUGGUAAGAUUAUAGUAUGAUUUUCAAGUUUCAUUUAGUGAUUUUGAAAUUUUUUUUGUUUUCCUUUCCAAUCAUUUUGAGUUGAAUAGUUGCACUGUUGAACGUUAUUGUUGUUGGGACUCUUCCCUCUCUUAUGUCCAUAUGACUCAAAACCAUAAAAAUACAUGCCACUUUGGCUGGUUAACUUCUCUUUGAAGAUGUAGCAAAAUAGCAAAUUCUCUCACAAUGCUAUUAAUAUUCUCUGUGUACCUAGCAAGUUUCACAGACAUAACAAUGCUUAAAUCUCUUAUGUCCAUAUGGGAUUUUCUUUAAAAAAAUCAUAGAUUUGCUUGAAUGUUCACACAUACACUCAGCAUUUAUAUAUUUGCUGUCAAUUGAAUUGAGCUCAACUUUGCAUUUUUCAUCCCACAAAAUGUACAGCGAAAAUAAUGGAAUAUUAGUAUGGGUUAAGUUUUUUGUUUUUCAGGAAUCAAUCUCCUUUGGGUAGUUCUUGAAUAAAUAUGUUAUAAAUGUCUUAAAAGAAUAAACUAAAUAGAUUCAGGUGAUUUUUCUCCUCCCUUAACACUAUUAUUAUAUGUGUGUGUGUGUGUUUCUACUAUGUAUCUGAAAUUUUCAUUUUCUCAGAAUACAAGGUGUGCACAUGAUUAACUUUGUAAAAGUUACUGUAGUGGAAUGAAAUAUUUAUUUUUAAAUUAAAUUCUUAAGGAACCAUUGGCUGUAAAUAAAAGACUAUAUUUUCCUCCUCA